AUGAUAGAGGUGAUUGUAAAUGACCGUCUGGGUAAGAAAGUGCGUGUGAAAUGCUUGUCAGAUGAUUUGGUUGGCGAUUUCAAAAAGGUUCUUGCCCUUCAAAUCGGUAUUCCAGCUGCUAAAAUUGUUCUUCAAAUAGGUGGAUCCGUAUUGAAAGAUCACAUCAGUCUCGAGGACUAUGAAGUUCACGAUAACACUUACCUGGAAUUGUAUUACUUGUGA